AUGGAGGGUUAUAAGAAUGAUAUGAUAUCAAGUAUAGCGUAUCAGAAUAUAUUAUUUAAAACAACUAUUAAAGAUAUAUUAGAGACAAAGAGUUUAAAUAAUAGAAGUCAACUUAUUUCAAUAUCCGCUCAUGAUAAUGUUGGCAAUGCAUUGACAUUGUUAUCAAGGAAUGGAUUGUUCUCUGCACCUGUAUUCAAAGAGGAUGAAGAAAGUAGAUCAAACUGUCAAUCAUAUAACUAUCUUGGUAUGAUAGGUAUUCAUGAGAUAGUAGAGUACUUGUUGGGAUUCUUCAAGAAUAGACAAACUGUGGACACUGUAGUCGGUCCAAUUCAAGUUGAUUCAUGGAGGGAUAUUUCAUCCACUUUGAAUACCGAUGUAUUCCAAAAUACACCGAUAAUAGACAUCAUCAAUCUAUCAAGAAAAGAUUAUCAUCCCUCCAAACUGUACAUCAAUGAUAACCUGGCAAUGUUUGCAAGGACAAUGUGUUUAACAAGAUUCAACAGGCUACCUGUUUUCCAAGAUGACAAGGUUAUUGGAAUGGUGUCAGCCACUGACCUACUAGAGAGACUGCUAUAUGUUUCUAAAUUACCAAGCAUUUAUCAUACUGCCAUUGGUGCACUACCAAAGGAGGUUAAUUUUGCCAUCGAUCAAUAUGUAUCAGUUACUGAUGAUACGUGCACUGCAGCAGCAUUCAAUCUAAUGGAGAGUCAAUGUAAACAAGCGAUAUUGGUAACAGACAGUCAUUCCGGUAAAAUAGUCUCAAACUUCAGUCUCAGUGAUCUCAAAGGAGCAAUUACCGAGGACCUUAAACUUCCAUUGAGCGAAUAUCUUUGUAAAUAUAAACCCAAGGACCAUCCUUUAAAGUCAAUUGGAAAAGAUCAAUCAAUAGAGGACGCCAUUAGACUUCUUGUUGACUCUCAUGUACAUGGAAUAUGGAUAACAAAAGAAAUGAAGACUCCAAACGAUAUCCAAGGCUAUCUAUCUGUCAAGACAUUGAUUGGAUUCAUUCAUCAAACAGUACAAAUCAUAUCCCAACUA